AUGGCGGCGGCGCCCUGGUGGGACAGCCGCAGCAGCAGCAGGACCCACCUGCCGGUGGCGCGACCGCUGUUCGGCCGGCGGCAGCCGCACCCGCCGCCGGUGCGGCGCUCGGUGGCGCAAUGGGAGAGGGACUUCUGCGAGUCCUGCGGGGUUCCCUGGAAGAAGGUGACGGACCCGGACGUGGCGCUCAACGCCGAGGGCGAGUGGGGCCGCGUCGCGCGCUGGGACGACUCGGGCGCCGUGCGGGCGCUGCUCGCCGCCAAGAAGCGGUACUGGGCGGAGAUCAACGGCGGGCUCGUGCGCCGUACCGUGCCGCCGCUGCCGGACCCCGACAUGUACUGCGACGUGAUCGUCGAGGACGGCGGGGGAGUUGAUCCUGAUCUGGACAAGGAAUACGAGGAGGCCCUCCGCGCCAUGGAGCGCGCGUGGGAGCGGAACGAGAACCUCAGGGUGCUUACGGCGGCCGAGCUGCCAGACGACUUCGUGCCGGUGGCCACCGGCUGGGACGUCGACGCGUGA